GCAAUAUUCGAAUCGUGUUUGACGUUUACCCGAGAGCGAGCGCGAAGGGAAUCGAAAGUUUGUUUGUAUAUUUUUGCCGGUGAUCUUUUUUGCUGGAUAUAAUGGAAGACUGGGAGCUGAUAGUAGAAAGUUAUCCAGCAGUACCAGACUUGAGGUUGUUCAGUAAAAUGUUAAAGACAGCUGAGGUGGCCUUAAAUGGAGACUUAGCAGCAUUUGAGUCCGAUUGGAUUAUCAGCACGUUAUUCUAUAAGCCAGUUAAUCUAUUUGAAACGGUGACCUCAAACUGCCACGAUAGCCAGUGGUGCAAGCCAAUCUGCGAUGCGUUCAAGCUGAUAUGUUGUGUCGUCGAGAAGUACUCUUUGGAUUAUGAUAAUAUUGUUACUCUAUGCCUCGUAUCAUACGCGCCUCAGAUUCGUAAAGACGCCUUAAAAUGUCUGACUGCAGUCGCGAGGGUGACCGAAGAAGCAGGUCGUGACGUGCAUAAACUUGUCUCAGAAUUGGAACAAAUUGUUACAGGGAAAGCGCCAUUGGCUGUGCUUAUUGGCACUAUAGCGGAAUACCACCCGGAGUUGGUAGCAGAUGAAGUGCAUCGCAUAUGGAGGCUGUUUUUAAAUCUUCUAGAUUCCAAUAAGAAUACAGACACAGUCGUUUCAUCAGUACUAGAAGGCAUACGGGGCUUGUUCAAACAUUUCGGCCAAGAUUUGCCCGUUAUUGAAUUUAGGGAUUUGUACUCGAAGAUCUCUUGCGAGUACAUUGAGAAGAAGGGAUGCGAGAAAGAAUGUUUACAGAUAUUAGAAUUGUACUCGGAUUUAUUCAAAGAGUUGUUGGCUAAAGAUUUGUCCAUACGCGAGCGUUUAUGGUCCAGGCAGGAAUCUGCAGCGCUUAAAAGUGUGUAUGCCGCCUUAGCGACUACUGUUGAUAACCAGAAAUUACAGAUUAUAACAGAUACAGAAUUGCAACCACGCUUUUUAUCAGACUCCACCGAAGUGAAGUUCACAGCUCUCAGUAUAACACGAGUGCUGAGUAUACAGUAUGGAGUCACAGCAAAGACUGAAGGGUAUGUGGAUGUGCCAGUGUUACAGCAGGAGCUGAAUAUUGGGAAUGUCACUGUAGACACAGCUAGUGCGGUACUUUGGUGUAUAGAAUCAAACGCAUUGCACAGCGAUAGCUUGUUACAAACCGCCAUAUUGUUUUACACGAAUAUACCUAAUUCUAAGAGGAAGAGUAUUGUUGUUUAUGGUCUUCUCAACGCACCAGAGGAUGUGAGGAAAGCAGCAGUAACCCUUUUGAUAUCAGAGUCCUGUCAAUUAACAGACUCCUCCCAUAACAUAGACAAGUAUAUGCCUCUAUGGUCCGAUCUAUUCGAUAGCAAAGGAGGCAAAGACACAAUGGUCUUGGAAAGAAGGAGUUUGGUGUUCGGAGAUGUGAUGGCAUACUUGUUUGCAGUCUUGGAGUCGAUUCUGGAUGAGGGAUGCGAGACUCUCCCCGACAAAUUAUCUCCUCUCCUAACCCUGACCUUCCAUAUCCUAACAAUUUACCCCCAAGAAGAAGACACUAGUGUCCACUGUAAGAAACUGCUACGACUUCUAUCUGACUGCAUGCACGCAGUCACUGCGCCCUUACUGUCUGCAGUGGUAGUCAGCAGUCAACAUGCGGGGAUUAAACUUACUGAAUAUUGUGCUAAAAUACGAGUAGACAAGUGUUCUAAUGAAGCUCUGCUCUGCGAAUGUUGCUUCAUGUUGAUACAAGGCGACGCUGGGGUAGAUGUUGACAACGUGUUGGAGGCUUUACAGAUACUGUUCUCAAGAGGUAAUGUCGACCCCAAAAUUCUGAUACAAGCUCUACAGAGAUUGGAAAACGUUAUAACAGAGCACGACGAUUUAGAUACUGAGAAAUUGAACCAUAUUAUCCAUCUAGUGAGCAAAAUGCGUACACUCAAAGACAAAAGCGACAAAUAUGCGAGACUAUUGCACAAAGACAUUAUUGUAUUUCUCGGUAAAUAUGGAAAUGAUAACUGUAGUGAGAUAUGUAAAGAGAAUUCUGUCAUAGCCAGACUGAAAGAUAAACUAUUUCUGAAUAUACCAAACACAGAAGAUGGGAAGAUUUAUAAAGUGAAUCUUCAACGAAUUUCGCAAUUAGCGAUAGUACACGAGGACCCAGAAGCUCUGCAGAAGCUGUUGGCCAUCAUCUGUGCCAGUCUGCACAACAAAGACGACCCAGAUCUGCAGUUAGUCCUAACCAAUAUCAUACAAGCUUCGUGUCGUGCGCACGCGCAUUCUUCUAUACAAGGCGUGGAAUCUAUUCAUGCAGCCGUCCUGCUCUGUCGCACCGUGCCAUGCGUCUGUGCUCUUCUAACGGCGAUCGGCUCGGAGCAAUCCCCAGGGGCCCGUAAAAUGUUAUCGGACGCCCUCGAGGGUUCCCUACUCUUGGAAUCGGGGUCCGAACUCACAGAACUGCUGGUGAGGACCGCAGCCGAUGAAGCUAUUGCCAUGAUGGGUAGCGGGAAUGCUACCACCCGCAGUGGCGGCUUGAACGUAACCGAAGCACUAUUGGCAGCUUUGAAAGACAAUCACAUAUUACAACAAACCAUAUUACCUGAUCUUCUAACUCUCAUACUAGAAACAUCAGAUUUCGACGCCAAAGACACAUUCCAAAACGCAACAAAAAUCCUACUAGACAACAUACAAAUAUACGAUAAAAACACUAUUAAAGAAACUAUAGUGAAAUUGGCUAAAAAUGUUGUUAAAACUGAUAAUUUUAACAACAGCAUUGAUGUUAAAUUAUUCAAAGUUAAAGUCGAAGAAACUUCUUGUCUAAUGGUGGAUGUGGAAAAUUUUGAUGAUGAAGUUGUAGAAGUUUGCCUCUCUGGUUUGAGUGAGAAUUUUGGUAAAGUUGUUUACUUUAUGGGUGAAUACAAGAUGGGUCUGGGUGCUGGUGUCUUUGGCGAGGUUUUGGAAAGGAUUGUAGUUUUGUCUAUGGAUGGUAAGGGUUUGGAGGGUGACUUCACUGCGGAAGCGGCUCUGAAGUUUCUUCAAGAGUACUGCGAUGUGCUGUAUGAUACAAAUCGUGAGAUGACAUCAAAAGCUUUCGGCCACAUUGUAAGCAAUCUUCAUCCAAACAACGUGAUUUCUUUACGUAAACAAAUAAACAAUUUCGCCAUUGUUCACAAGAAACAUUUAAAACAUAGUAGUAUACAAGAAACAUAUAAAAAUUGGUGUUCAAAGUAUCAAAUUAAUUCAGCCAUUCUAAUAGAAGAUUUCUCAGAUGAUAUAGAAAAUUUAAAUGCUAAUACAGUGAGAGCUAUGAGAAUAUAUGUCGAAUUGUUCAACAUAGCGCUAUAUGAUGAUACUAUGUUACAUACUAUAUGUUAUAAUAUAUUAGAUUUUUACGCGGUGAAAGAAGAAAAGCAACUUGAUACUUGUAAAGAGUAUUUUACAGAUCUUCUGUUUGUAAGUCUGAAAUCUUUGACUGUGGAUAAUAUCAAGAAAUUCUUUCGCGUUGCUUACGAAAAAGCUGAUGUUAGAUUUUUAAGUUAUUUCAUGAAUGUUUUAAUGAAGUAUUUUUUAACGAAACCAUAUAUUUUGUUGAAUGGAGAUAUGAAACAUAUGGCUAUGAUUUUAAAGUACAUUUUGCAAGAAACACUGAAGAGGAAACAUGACGAUACCUUUUAUAACGGUGUUUUGGAAUUGAUAGAUGAGGUUUGGCCAAUAUUUGAUCCAAUAUUAACGUUCGAGGACAAGCACUACGUAUUGACAUUGGCCAAUCGUUUGCCAAUUCGAAUGAAGGCUGAAUCUAAUGGAAUGCAGUGGGCAAUCAGAGAGUGUAUUGCCAGAGAGAAUAUAGAGGAUAAAAUUAGAUUAGUCCAGUUAUUGCCUGGAGGGGAUGAGUGUAGCUUAUCAUACAGAUCGCUAGCCAGUUUGUUACCCACAAGAAUGUCAGAGCUGACAGGGUCCCAGCACACAGCCCUGCGUGUUAUAUUAGAUUCGUUGGCUAACACAGCUGAUGGAACCUUAUUGAAUAUCAUCGCUAAUUUAGCUGAUCGUGAUCCUUCUAAGGGUUGGUGGGAUGAUGCUAUGGCGUCCAGUGUUGCCUCUCUGGCUCGCGGAGACUGCCUCAAGCAUAGACAAGGCACCAUAGCCAAGGAAGAAGACGAUACCGUUCUAAUGAGUAUCGCCAAUACACUGUUUGAGAUCCCGUCGUCAGGCGUGUAUCAUCGUUUGCUGAUACCUUUGCUCAGGUACUCCACUACGUCGUUCUGUGAACAGUUUUACUGUAACGGGUUGAACAAGUUAUUGACAACUCUGAACACUUGGCCUCGUGGACCUACUCCUGGUUGUGAAGAACUCAUGAGGACUUUGAAAGGACAUGCCCGGGCAAUGGCACUCAUCACACUGGCAUUCGAAAGGAUACCGUUGAACUCGUUAAAGUCGCCCGAGUCGGUGUUAUAUUCGCAAGUGGCUAACAAACAAUCCUCUUAUUUGAUAAAGCGAGUGUGCACACUCUGUCAUACGCUGCGAUCUAAAACUAUCCCUGAUGAAGCUUCGGAAGAUUUGAAAGAUUGUUAUAGACAGUGUCUGGUGCAGAACUACAAAUGUUUCUGCGCCGCCGUCUGCGUGUCCCGGCCGGCGGAGAAGUUUUAUUCGUUCCUGUUUGAACUUAAGGAAUGGGAGAAAAUGGUGGACUCCAAUGUGGUGUACAAACUGCCUCUGCAGAGUCAGUGGAACAAAGGUCGCAAACUCCACUUGGUAGCGGCGAAUGUCCCCUCCGAAGGUGAUUAUCUUAAAGGCUUAACCGGGACUCGAACCAGCGGCACUCUUCACACGAGACUGUUCCUACGCACUCUCUCCGAUGACCCGUUGAAGUAUGAUCUGCAUCAGAUAGGGGACCAGGACGCCAACGCUCAAGACUUAGAACUUUUGGCCAACGAAUUAAACAAAGUAGAAUUGGUUCUCCCGCUGACCGCACUAGUGUCCCACGCGGCGCGACUCACACAUUACAAGUGGAGGGAAUCACUCUCACAAGCUUUGAAGCAAGGAACAAGGAAUACUAGGUGGAUAUUGGCGCAGGUGAUAUGCAACUGCAAAGAGGAAUUGUCACCGCACGCUAGCGUCAUCCGCCCGGCGUUGCUUGAGCUAGUGGCGGACACUGCCUGUGAUAAUGGAGGAAAGAAAACUUUGAACGGACUGCAUAUUGAUGUCCUUGAAACUGUAUUACAUUACGAGAUGUCACCGCUCCCCGAGCUAUCGUACUCGCAUUUGUCUUCUACAAUAGAGUAUCUAAUCAACACAGCCAUAGACAACGGCCACAGGACGUCCAUAUUCGGCACUCUGUUGCCUAUGCUCGGCAAAUUGGCCGAACUGUACACUGAGAGGGAAUUGCGAUGGAACGGAUUCGAUGAAUGCUUUUCGGCUCCAACUAAACUGAAGUAUCUUCUUUCCGUAUUAUUAGUAAUAACCAAACACAGAGUUAAUGUCACAAACUUGCUACAGACAUUAUGUAAUCUAGACCAAAAGUAUUGGUCUCAAGAACCAAGGCUGUCUGAAUUAUUCGGUUACGCGUUAUCGUGUGCGAGCGAGAGGGCUGUAUAUCUGUCUCAGCAUCGAAGGUUUCUGGCGAGAAGAGUGGGGGAUGUGGAUUAUGUCAAACUGGUGUAUAAUGCACAGAAGGGGUAUCCGAAGUUGGUCGAUGAAGCGAUAUUCAAAGUCAUCACAGAUUUGACACCGAAGUCAGUGGGCACUAACAAAACCUGGUGUCUGAAGAUAUUAUCGAGUUACGUCGAACACACCACAGACGCAACGGCCACUAUAUCCGACAUGUUCGAAACUAUAGACAUUUGCUCGCUGCUCCAAGAGAGCAAUAUUGAAGCAUUGUGCGUCUUAAAGCAUGGUUGUAGUAAGAUGGGUGGGAGGCUGCGUAGGAGAGUUGGUAAUACGCUGGUAGGGCUGUGUUCCAGUACCGAUGUGAAGGUCAGAAGACCAGCGCUGGAGGUGGCUUUGAAGAUAUUCCAGGAUCUAUUCAAACCGCAAUCAUCAGAACCUCCUCAAAAGCGACGUAAACUGACCCCUGAUACAUCACAAUCUCUCAUACUGACGGGCGGCGACGACCCCGAGACUGGCAGGGUGAUGGAGUGCGUGUCCAGGGGACUGGCAGAUUAUGACGAGGAUCUGGCUAAAGCUAUGAGGAAUGGAGUUAGUCUGUGUCUUAAUACUGAAGAUAUGGGAGUCAGGUUAGCGGAAUGCUUCAUGCUUGCUAUGAGUAUACCGGCCGUGACCAGGAAGGGAGACGUGUGUGCGUGUGUGUGUGUGUUCCUGCAGAUAUUGUUCCAACAUGUCCGCACUCAGCACAGGUUCCAAGUCCUCAAACUGAGUGAAGAGCCGAUGAUUGUCAGGGAUUCGACCGCUGGACCACCGAAGCUGCUUACAAACAGCAGAACCUACCAUGGCACCUUCUUGAGUGUAGCCUCUAGGAAAAUAAAGAAGAUAAAAGAAGCACCCGUCUCUAAAGGUAUUGAUAUUCAAAUACCUAUUAACGAUAUUCUUGGGACCAUGAUACAAUUCGCAAAGGAUAAACCAGACGUUGCACAAGCUCUGUGCUUGCAAGUGCUUAAGAGUGUAUUAGCACAUUCCGGUCCCGGGUUCGAUGCCCGUGCCGCCCUCUCGCGGUUAGUGAGGGACAUGCUUGAUUCCACGUUGGGGGAGUUAACUCCACUGGCUGUGGAGAUGGGGAGAAUUCUUGUGGACCAGAUGCAAGUUAUGCCAGGUUUCCGCAACACCAUGGACAAGUUGAAACAAUCCACCAAACGUACGGAAGGGGAGGCUGUCAUUUCGCUUCUUGUAGAAGAUCUGUUGUUGAGAAGCGGAGAGGAUGUGUUCGUGUUGCCAUUUAUGAAACAUGAUGAAACAUUACUUAUGGAGGUGGAACCAUCUUCGGCGACUUCUUUAGAUGACAUCACGUCUGCUUUCGGCAAGCUUUCUGACUGGGACAAGCUUACCGUACAAUCGAAGUAUGUCCUGAAGAAUUCCGGCCUGCCCCAACUGUGGGUGGACGCUUAUACCUUCAAGUCUUGGAUAGACGUUUACGAGGUUCCAAACACCAAGUCGUGGUUCAACAAACUGGUGGUGACUUAUAAAGACGAGAGCAAGCAGGACGGCCUGCGCUGGCUGAAAGAGACGGAUAGAUGGCCAAGGGAUCACUUCCACGUGUCUACUGUUGCAGAAGCUAUACAAUACCACACGUCAGACAACUAUGUUGACAUCAAACUGCCCGGUUGCAUCCGACCCGCUGAUUGCUUGGCUGAGUGGGCUGCUAGACUCAUGAUAAGGAGAAUGGCUUCCCCCUCCAGCGACAGUAUAAGUGAAGAUAUCUCUCUCCCGGGAGACUUGGAGUUGAUGUGGUGCAAAGAAGCGAAUGACAGAAUGCUGCCAUAUUUAGCCCUCAAUUGUGCGAGCGUCAAUAUUAAUGGUGCCAUGGGAGUGGCACAGUUGGUUUCUUGGCACAUUGAGAAAGCUCGCGCCUUAAGAACCAUUGGUUUGGACAACGAAGAUAUGGAUAUGUUGAAGGAAUCUCUUUCUUUACUAGAAUCUACGACUUUGGCAAUAGAUACGGCAGAUCUAGACGUUAUAGUUUUGAAUAAACUUAAGCUGUCAUUACAUCAAGAUAUUGGAUCCAUAACUAAACAGAAAGUUCUAGAAGCACUUACGGUGGUAGGAUCUUACACAGAAUCACGUAAUUUGAGCAGGAAGAAUAAACAAGCCCUGAGCUCUUUAUACGAACUAACCAUGACUUAUUACGAUGACAUUUGGAUAAACGAACCUUCGAAAUGUGAUCUAAUAUCCAAUAUGGCGGACGUGUUAGGAUCAAUGGCAGAUCUAGGCCUCAGUUGUAGAUCGGAGAUGCUGCUGUCUGUGAUACUGAAUAGAUUGGAUGACAUAGACAUCGUAGACGCAGCGACAUCCAAGAAACUAUUGGGAAAGAUCUGUACGAUGAUCAGUGGUUUGAAUGAGUUCUCACUGGAAGCGAUCAAGGGUCACGUGACUCGAUUCCCGGUCGAUGUAAUCGAUGAAUUCCCGGAUAUCCGGGACGCUGUGACUCACGCGUGUGAAGAAGACAACGUUAGACGCUGCCUGCAGCUAGUCUGCGACCCGCGGCAUUCGCUGUCGUUACGAUGCGCAAAAUUACUACAGAUUACCGAUCCACAAGAAUGGAAGACAAACUUAGAUCUUCUGAAAGCCAACGUGUUCGAGAACCCUUACGCCGCGUCCAGCACCGAGUACAAUCUGCUUAACAAGUAUAGAGACGACUUUUACAAGAUCGAACACUUUGAAGCAACAGACCAUUCCCAAAGAAUCUUGAUUCUGGACAAAGUAUUGAAAGAUCUAUCUCAGAAAGUUACCGAUAGGAGAACACUGCGGCUAUCGCAGCUCUGUCCUGCUCUAACGCAGCGUAUGGAGGUGGGGAGUGAAAGAGACAGAUGCAUGUCCAGGUUACUGAGGCUGGGUAAGCUGAGCCUGGUCAAGUUUUAUGAGCAGGUGUCUGUAUUCACGUCUGCCAUCACUCGGCCCGUAGUGAUCAGAGCCCUUCUGUCAGACGGCUCUAGCCGGCUCUACAUCAGUAAAGUGGGCGAGCGGCUCAAAGUUGACGCCGCGGCUCAAACUAUAGCCAGAGCCGGGGAUAGUAUUACCGGCUCAAGAUUCCAGGGUUAUACGGUGACACCACUGGGUGAAGAUAGUGGGCUCAUAGAAUAUUUGGAAGAAAACGUUACCUUCAGGGAGAUGAUAUCCAGCGUACAUGACUUGGAGGAAAUAUCGAGGGGUCUGAGCAAAUCCAUAAUAUCAACUUCUCCAAUGGACAAAUUCAUGACGCUCUGCAAGCAGAUUCCAGCUUACACGCUCAGAUCGGCUGUUGAGAACAACUGUUCUUCUGUAGAAGACUUCAUCGCAAAGAAACGUCAUUUUACCGAAACACUCUGCUCGCUCACACUUUUUGGCAGCAUACUUGGCCUAGGUGAUCGGCAUCUAGAAAACCUUCUAUACAUAAGGAAUACCGGGGCAGCUUGUUGCGUAGACUGGGCCAACAGUCUCCAGUACGGGAGGGGGGAGCUCCCUCCCGCUAGGAUCACCAGGAAUGUACUUGGCUUGGUGGAUGGGGAGGUCCUAGAAGCUAAACUACAAAACAUGCUACUGGCUCUACGCAGCUCGCACAAACUGUUUUCGAAUACAAUCGAGCUUGUAUUCAAGCGUUUGGGACAGGAAUUCCAAGAUAAGUUUUCCUACAUAAGUAAGUUCUUACGCGGCGUUGCCUCUACAUACGACUUGAGCGAGAUGUCAUUGAGCGAGGACGAACACAAGUACUCCGAGCAACUCAGGAUACUCAGGGAGAUCUUCGGCAAGGAUACUCAACGGGAAUACUCUGUUGUGGAACAGGUAAACAUUUUGCUACGCCAGUGCACUCACCCACGUAUACUCAGCAUCACCAGGGAAGGAUGGGAGGCGUACAUUUAAACCAUACACGUUUAAAUUCAAAUAUUGGUUUAAUAAUAAAUUGUACAUAGGAUUAAAAAAAUAUGUGCGUGUACUAGUGUACACACGUAAGAAGUGAAACUUCUUUAUGGCCUUAUUUUUUUCGAAAAAUGAUCUACAUGCAACUUUCCAGAAAUAUAUAUAUAUAUAUAGGCGUGCGCUAAGAUU